CGGGAAUUUCGUAGCCAUAUAUGUGGCUAUUUCAUUGCAAAUUUGUAGCUACAUAGCUAUGACGGAAUCUGUUGCUGUUCUGUAGCCAAAUAGCUACGCUUUAGAUAGGGUCUGUCCGUCGCGAAAAUUUUCCACAUGUAGCUAAGACUAGCGACGACAACUUUGUUGCUAGCUGGCGACGAUAGCGAUAGCGAUGAUAUUUCUCUCGCUAAUGAAAAUAAAUUAUGCGUGCGAAACUUUUGAGAGAUAUUUCAGUGACCGCCUAAACUUUUGAUUCCAAUUAUUUUAUUUCCUUCUUCGUUCUUAUAUCUCUACUUCUCUUCCAUUAGAUACCCAAACCCUAAAUCUUCUAUACCCAUCUCCGUCGCACCAUUUCUCUCUCGCUCGCUCUCGUUCUCUUCGUCUCAUUUCUCAAACUCUCCUUGGAUUUGCUCCGUUCCCUGGUCUCGAGCCGCCUCUGCUUCAAGUUCGUUUCUUCAAGCAGAUCUCUCGUUUGCAUUUAUUUGUGGAAUCACACUCUUUUGUUUUGAGAAUUUGAUGGUCAUUAGACUGAAAUUGUUGUUGUAUGUAGAUUCGAUUUAGGAUUUGUGGUUGUUUGAGUAUGGUCGGUGUUAAUUUUGUUCUUAUAGCUUCGUCUCUGUCAAUUUUGAGUUCUGUCUCUGUUGAUUUUGUCCUUAUAGCUUCAUUUCUUAUACUUUGUGGUCAUUUGAGCUUGGUCGGUGUUAAUUUUGUUCUUAUAGUUUCAUCUCUAACAAUUUUGAGUUUAGUCUCUGUUAAUUUUGUUGUUAUAGCUUCAUCUCUUAUAGGAUUUGUGGUUAUUUGAGUUUGAUAUGUGUUAAUUUAUUAGCUAAGUCUCUUUUGAUUUUGUUUUGUUCUUAUAGUUAUGGUUUGGUCCUCUUUAUAUAUGUCUAAUGUUUGUUCUGUUUCUUUAAAGAUAUGAUGACAACACGUAGUGGUGGAUUUCCUACAAGAGGUUUGGAUAGACGAGGCUAGUUUCUUUGAGGCUGGUGCAUCAUAGGUUCCACAAUGUCCACUCCCCCUCCAAAGAAACUCUAGUUGAUCAACGCAGCCAUUUGAUUUUCUAGAGUUUUGGUAACCUAUAUUUAGUGGUUAACCUAUAUUUAGAUAUAAAUUUGUAUACUUGUAUGUAUACUUUGGUAACCUAUAUGUAUACUUGUAAAUUUAGUGGUUAACCUAUAUUUAGAUAUAAACCUAGAUAUAAAUUUGAUUUUCUAGAGUUUUGGUAACCUAUAUUUAGUGGCUGUUUUGGUAACCUAUAUGGGUUUUGGUAACCUAUAUGUUUCAGAGUAAGGCUGUAAGGGUCUAAGUAAACUGAAUAGUUUCUGUUCUUCUACUCUUAUUUUCGUCAUACCAUUUGCUUUGUAGUGGAAACUCUCUGAUGAAAAACUGUGUUUUUGUGUAAACAGUCGUGCACAAAAGUGGCAGUUGACUUUGUGUCACCAGAGAACAUCGGUGAGUGUUUGCGUCUGACCGAGGAGUUUCGCCAACUUCCCAAGAACCACGGAAGCAGAGAGGACAAACUUGAGAUAAAGAAGAUGAUGAUCUACGCUUUGAAGAAAGCAUUUGAAGAACUAGAAACAGUAUCAGAAGAGACUCAUAUGCCGCCUCUGCCGGAUUCGGCUCAGGCGCCGGAAGUUGUACAUGCGGAGCCGCCUGACGAAAUCCCCAAAUCUCCGCCUUCACUAGAGCUAGUAUCAGAAGAGACUCAUAUGCCGCCUCUGCCGGAUUCGUCUCAGGCGCCGGAAGCUGUACAUGCGGAGCCGCCUGGCGAAAUCCCCAAAUCUCUGCCUUCACUAGAGCUGCAUGUCAUAUCCGAUCAAAUGGAGAGUCCCUUUGAAGACGACGAUGUUCCAUGCAAUCUCCCACAGCGCCUGUUCAGUGAGGGAAGUUGCCCUGAUGGUCUGAGGCUUAACAUAUUUUCGAAAGCAACUGUCAUUGGAAAAUUAGCAGAGGUUUUGAAAGGGACUCAGACUUUGAAAAAGUUAUUAGAAUCCCAGUUUGGGAAGCUAUUUACACUUCCAACUCAAUGGUGCGUCAACUCUACGAAGCUAAUCCAUGCACUCUUUUGUCGCCAACUUCUAACCAGAAAAAGGUACGAGAUGUGGAUGCUCUUCGGUGGAAAGCCUCUCAGAUUCUCUCUUCGGGAAUUGCACAGUAUUUCGGGUUUGUGCUGUGGGCCAUUCUCAUCUCCUGAUCUUAUGACCGCCUGCAAGGACCUAGGAACAUCACAGUGGGACUUACUGUUUGGAGUAGGCGAGAGUAAAACGGUGCAUGUAUCAGACAUCCUUGAAAUGUUGACAAACCCGGAGCUCGACGAAUGGAAAAAAUUACCUUUGGCUCUUUUAGUUCUGAUCGACGGCGUGGUUAUGUGCAACAACAGAGAGCUAAAGAUCACUGCGGCUUACGUUAAUAUGACUCAUAAUGUCAAAGGUUUCCUUGAAUAUCCAUGGGGAAGAAAGAGUUUAAUUCAAACUUUCAGGGACUUUGGCCCUCCUCUCAUAGACCGUAAAUUGCCUCACAAGGCUAAUGCUGUUGCUAGGUAUUUGCAACGGAGUAACAAUAAUUUCUUCGGUUUCCCCCUCCCUUUGCAGUUUCUAGCCUUUGAAGCCAUACCACCCCUUCAAUCAUAUAUUCCCU